AUACCACUUGGCAUUGGAUCGGCGCUUCAUAAGAUGAACAUCACACACCACCAUGGCAUGCACCAGCCUCUGCGCUUCUGGAACCACAGCUAUGGAUUGCAUGGUGGUGCCAAUGAGUCAAGUGGAAAAGGUUACUCCUCUGGGGGGUGCUAUGAGCAACUUUUUGUAGCCCCGGAAGUGUUUGUGACUCUGGGCUUCAUAAGUUUAUUGGAGAACAUUUUGGUCAUUGUGGCAAUAGCCAAGAACAAGAAUCUGCAUUCACCAAUGUACUUUUUCAUCUGUAGUCUGGCAGUGGCUGAUAUGCUAGUGAGUCUGUCAAAUGGAUCAGAAACCAUUGUAAUCACUCUGUUAAACAAUACAGACACUGGUGCACAAAGUUUCACCGUAAACAUUGACAAUGUCAUUGACUCGGUGAUUUGCAGUUCCUUGCUUGCAUCCAUUUGCAGCCUGCUUUCAAUAGCUGUGGACAGGUAUUUUACGAUCUUUUAUGCUCUCCAGUACCAUAACAUUAUGACAGUGAAGCGUGUAGGGAUCAUCAUAACAUGCAUCUGGGCUGCUUGCACGGUUUCAGGCAUUUUGUUCAUCAUUUACUCAGACAGCAGCGUUGUCAUCAUCUGUCUUAUCAGCAUGUUCUUCACCAUGCUAGUUCUCAUGGCCUCCCUCUAUGUCCACAUGUUCAUGCUGGCCCGACUGCAUAUCAAAAAGAUUGCAGUUCUUCCAGGGACGGGCACCAUUCGUCAAGGUGCCAACAUGAAGGGGGCCAUCACUUUGACCAUCUUGAUAGGGGUUUUUGUUGUGUGCUGGGCCCCAUUUUUCCUCCACUUGAUUUUCUACAUCUCCUGCCCCCACAACCCAUAUUGUGUGUGUUUCAUGUCCCACUUUAACUUGUACCUCAUUCUCAUCAUGUGCAAUUCCAUCAUUGAUCCCCUUAUCUAUGCAUUCCGGAGUCAAGAGCUCAGGAAAACCUUCAAGGACAUCAUUUGCUGCUGUUGCCUUCGAGGGCUUUGUGACUUGUCUAACAAAUAUUAA